AGCAUCCCUUCUGCGAUGGAUCUCAGCUUCCACAGGAAAAUCGAUUUUCAUCUGACAACGGUCAUACAGACCGCGCCUUCCAAUAAUCGCACGUGUUAUUUUAGAAAUGAAGUUCUUUCAGAAAUGUAUUUUCCUGUUUUGUUAUAUUAUUCAGUUAUGUUGGAGUGUGCAACAUUGGAAUUCCGGCAAUCCCACCGUUUUUAAUAUAGGAGGGGUGCUAAGUAGCAAUGAAAGCGAGAGAUAUUUCAAGGAAACAAUUGAUCAUCUAAACUUCGAUUCCCAAUACGUCCCUAAAGGGGUGACCUACUACCACACCGCUAUUCUGAUGGACCCUAACCCAAUACGAACAGCAUUGAAUGUUUGUAAAUACCUUAUAUCUAGCAAGGUGUAUGCCGUGGUUGUGUCACAUCCCUUAACAGGAGACUUAUCACCUGCUGCUGUUUCAUAUACCAGUGGAUUUUAUCACAUUCCCGUAAUCGGAAUUUCCUCAAGGGACUCUGCUUUUUCAGACAAGAAUAUUCAUGUUUCUUUCUUACGUACGGUACCUCCGUAUUCUCACCAAGCUGAUGUAUGGGUAGAAAUGUUAAAACAUUUCAAUUAUAAAAAGGUUAUAUUUAUCCAUAGUUCCGAUACAGACGGAAGAGCUCUACUAGGGCGAUUUCAGACUACUUCACAAAACUUGGAAGAUGAUAUAGAGAUAAAAGUACAGGUGGAGUCUGUGAUAGAAUUUGAGACAGGCCUUGAGAGCUUUAAGGAACAGCUGAUGGGGAUGAAAAGUGCUCAAGCAAGGGUAUAUUUGAUGUAUGCAAGCAAACAAGAUGCGAAAAUUAUAUUCAUGGAUGCAGCAGCUUUGAAUAUGACUGAUGCUGGAUACGCCUGGAUCGUAACCGAGCAAGCAUUAGAAGCUGAAAAUAUUCCUGAAGGCAUAUUGGGAUUACGUUUGGUGAACGCCACCAAUGAGAAAGCGCAUAUUAGAGAUAGCAUUUAUGUUUUGGCUUCGGCUUUGAGAGAUAUGAACCAAACCAAAGAAAUUACAGAAGCUCCAAAGGACUGUGAUAAUUCUGGAUCUAUUUGGGAAACGGGGAAAGAUUUGUUUGAUUUUAUCAAGAAGCAAGUUUUACUGAAUGGUGAAACAGGAAAAGUUGCUUUUGAUGACCAAGGAGAUAGAAUCAAUGCUGAGUAUAAUAUUGUAAACAUACAGAGAAAGAAAAAAAAGGUUGUUGUUGGAAAAUACUUUUUCCAUCGGGAAAGCAACAGGAUGCAUCUCAAUGUGGAUGAAAAGAACAUCAUCUGGCCAGGAAGGCAAAGCACCAAACCAGAGGGUUUCAUGAUCCCUACCCACCUUAAAGUACUUACGAUUGAAGAAAAACCUUUCGUUUAUGUUAGGAAAUUGGAAGGCAAGGAUGCCUGCACUGUUGAAGAAAUUGAAUGCCCUUAUUUUAAUGCUACUAAUGAAAUUGAUGGCUCGUAUUGUUGCCGUGGGUACUGCAUGGAUCUCCUCAAAGAACUAUCCAAGAAGAUUAAUUUCACAUACAGCUUAGCCUUAUCUCCAGAUGGGCAAUUUGGUAACUAUAUAAUCAGAAAUACUUCAGGAAGUGGUAGAAAGGAAUGGACGGGCUUAAUCGGGGAGCUUGUGAGUGAAAGAGCGGAUAUGAUAGUCGCUCCUUUGACGAUUAACCCUGAACGAGCUGAGUUCAUCGAGUUUAGUAAACCGUUCAAAUAUCAGGGCAUUACGAUUUUGGAAAAGAAGCCUUCUAGAUCAUCCACGUUGGUAUCGUUCUUGCAACCAUUCAGCAAUACUUUAUGGAUCCUAGUGAUGGUGUCAGUACAUGUAGUGGCACUCGUACUCUAUCUUCUAGACCGUUUCUCUCCUUUUGGGCGAUUUAAGCUGGCAAACACAGAUGGCACUGAAGAGGAUGCGCUCAAUUUAUCCAGUGCUAUUUGGUUUGCUUGGGGUGUCUUGCUUAAUAGUGGAAUUGGUGAAGGAACUCCGAGAAGUUUUUCAGCAAGAGUCUUAGGAAUGGUGUGGGCCGGUUUUGCUAUGAUCAUCGUAGCAUCAUACACUGCUAACUUGGCAGCUUUUCUUGUGCUGGAAAGACCAAAAACUAAACUAACAGGAAUCAAUGAUGCUAGGUUGAGGAACACUAUGGAAAAUUUGACCUGCGCUACGGUAAAAGGAUCAGCAGUUGACAUGUAUUUUAGGCGACAAGUCGAACUAUCUAAUAUGUAUAGAACUAUGGAAGCUAAUAAUUAUGAUACUGCUGAGGCUGCUAUUCAGGAUGUUAAAGAUGGAAAGCUAAUGGCCUUCAUCUGGGAUAGUUCAAGACUGGAAUUUGAGGCUGCUCAAGACUGUGAGUUGGUAACUGCUGGGGAAUUAUUUGGAAGAUCUGGAUAUGGAAUUGGCUUACAGAAAGGAUCACCUUGGUCCGAUGAUGUUACCUUGGCAAUUCUAGAUUUCCACGAAAGUGGUUUCAUGGAGGGUUUAGACAAUAAAUGGAUAUUCCAAGGUAACUUUCAACAAUGUGAGCAAUUUGAGAAAACUCCCAAUACACUAGGUUUGAAAAAUAUGGCUGGUGUCUUCAUAUUAGUAGGUGCUGGUAUAAUAGGAGGUAUCGGUCUCAUUGUUAUUGAGAUGGCUUACAAGAAGCAUCAAAUCAAAAAGCAGAAAAGAAUGGAAUUGGCGAGACAUGCAGCAGAUAAGUGGAGAGGACAAGUAGAGAAACGUAGAACAUUGCGAGCUACUACCUCUCUGACACCAGGCGGAGGUGGUCGCCGAAUUAAGUCGAACGGCGUCAAUGAUCCUGUGACUAUCUCGUCACAUGUGUUCGACAAGUUCCAGCGCAUUGGUCACAUGUACGGGGGCCCAGAACGGGCUUGGCCUGGAGAUAUUGCGGCUCCCGGAGAUAACAGGCACCGGCCAAGGGAUGAUGGUCAAACGGUAAGAGGCGUACUGCUUUAAAGUGUGCGCUCAUUGACGGGAAGGAAAAAUGGUUCUUUCGUACUUUUGAACGACAAAACAUGUACUAUUGCAAACAGUAUAAAAUUAAUACAAUGGGUCACCUAAAUAGAUGUCAGAAUGUGUUGAGGUAUCGCUGUAAACUUUGGAUUCGGUGUUUGAUAGUGCUUGAUCAAAUAUGCUCUGGCUGUUGCUGUUAUGUGGGACACAUGCACAAAAUGGCGUUUAUGA